UUUUAUAUCCAGUAAACAUGGGCGUGUCGGUGAUAAGAAUUUGUUUUUAAACUUAACUGGCUGUGAGGUCAACGUUCAGUCAACUACAGUUUUGAAUAAAGAAGUAAUAUCGCACUAAAAUACAAUUUCAAAAAUGAGCAGUCACUUCAACCUAAUAUCCAUAAUUAAUUAUUGUUUCUAUUCCGUUGUGUUAUCUUCACCACCAAGUAGUUUAAAGCUUGUCAGUGCGGUAAGUAGAUCCAAAGUAGAACAAAUUCAAAUUGUUUAAAUGUAGGCCUUGUAUUUUGUAUACAGCAUAGGCCUGUAUAGGCCUACAUUCUUAACCAGUGACUGAAACAGGAAUUGUAUCUUUAGUUUUAAGAGUAGAAGUAGAAGAUGACCGGUUACGCUCGAACUCAUAAAAUCUUAUAAUAUCUCAAAUUCUUACAAUACAGCAUCUUAAUAGCAAAUAAACAGAAUUUAAAAUGUAUAGAACUGCGUUUCCCAAACGGUGGUCCAUGGACCGGCACUGGUCUGCAAAUGCCUUACGUUACCGGUCCAGAGAGCAUGAAUAUUGAUGUUUAAAUAGAAAGAAAAUGUAAUAAUCAAAUCUGGCACCGGUCCCUGGUGCAGUUUCGAAACUUCUCCACCGGUCCGUGAAACUUAAAAGUUUGGGAAACGCUGGAAUAAAAUAACUUGGCCGACUCGCAUGCGUCAAAAAGGUAACUUCCAAAAGUAGAUGACCGAUGUUUAUAAUGCAAUCUGCGGUCACUUACUUUUGCAGACGUAUAAGUGUAUCUGCCACAAUUAAUAUUUGUCAAAGGUAAAAAUAAAGUUACUGGUGGCAGAGGCGUAGCUAGGGUUGGUGUCACCCCCGCACCCCUAGCUACGCCACUGAGUGGUGGUAUUUAACGUGGUUCAAACGCGAAGUCAGUUCAACAUAAAUAGAAUGUAUUGAAAUAAUUAACCAAUGAGGACGUCAUUUAUAAAGAGUACCCCCAAAAAUAACUCCAGAUUAAUUAUUUUAUGGAAAAGCUGGUUAAAAAAAAUUAAAUAAAAUAAAAUUCAAUAUCUAUUGGCCCGUUAUAUUAUUAAUUAUAGUCUGAUAACUUUCACAAGGAGUGUUGGAACCAAACGUGGGUAGUAAAAACCGUAUAGCUGUUAUGUGCGUUCUAACAAUAGAUUUCAAAGGCCCUCUCAGAUCAUGUAGAAUAUGUAGAAAUCCAAUGUUGUGCGGAAGAGUUGAAAAAAAAAAUGUUUUCUCUGUUUUUGCACUCGCCACGAUUUAGCCAAUCGAACUAACUAUGUCACAAAUUACAUCAUACAGCACAGCUUCUGUCAGAAGCAAAAAAAAAAAAAUAAAAAAAAAUCGAUCACCGUUAUAUUACAAUAUCAAUAUGACCAUCAUUACCAAAACGUGGCGGUUUUAUUUUAUAAUAUACUUAAAUAUUUUAGAACGCCCCCCCCCCUUUUAUUUUUUACACUGUACGCAAACUCGCCUGGAAAAGGGAUUGGAAACCUGCGGCUCUUUGAUCUUUGUCAUGUCUUACUCGUGUAGCUAUUUUAUACUACUAGGUACUAGGCUCUUUGCCAUGAAAAGGUUCCCGAUCCCUGUUAAUUAACGCCACCACUCCCUGCCCUUCUCAGGACACACAUAAUACAAUUCGAGAUGGUCCCCAACUAAUCGUAUUUCUCGCCCCAUUCACGUCUGGGUGUAGAAAGGGGCUAAAACUCACCGAAAAAUGUACUUUAUAAUUUUUUUUAAUAGGAAAAAACUACCGGAAUGUAUAAAUUCCCAAUCCGGUCUCUUAAAAUCGUAGUUAUGACAGGUCUUGGCGUGCGUUACAAUCGUAAAAGACAUCUCAAAUUCGUACAUUUUACCAUAGGACCGGAUGCCCCAAUCGUAAGAGUAAACAGGUAUGUGACAGGUCCAUGUAUUGAUAAAAAAAACAAAAAACAAGUUGAACUUAAUAAAAAAAGAGGCACAUGAAGUGAGGAAAGGUGGAACCAAGAACACUCAGGUAACUAUGAACGUUGUAGGAUGAAAAGAAUCUUUCCAUACCGGUACAUAAUUAACUGUUUUGUCGGUAAUAAUAGACUAUAGUUGGACUGUUUUGUAGACAUUCACAUUGACAUCGUUUACAUUAUCUCAACGUAAACAAUAAAAAUGCACCUGAAAUUUACUAAUUUUAACUUUUUAAAAACUAGAACACUAAUAAUAAUUCUAAAUACCGGUAUCUAACUCUAAACUAUAACAAUAUAAAAUUUCAGACAUCAUCUUUUACUUUACCGAAGAACACUUGUAAAAAAUGCACAAAUAACAAACAAUUAUCAUUUCAUUUUUAUUUUUUUUUAGCUGUAUCGACAUGGUGAUCGCAGUCCAUCCUCCAUUUACCCAUUAGAUAUUAAUCAAGCAGAUGCUUGGCCUGAUGGUCUAGGCUGGCUUACAAAUGUAAGAUUUCACAUUCUAUUGUCUAUUGUUAUACUUCUCUAUGAUAUAGAAAAGUAUAUCUUUUGGUAUUUUGUGGAUAAGUAACUUGAAAUUCUUUGGAUUAAACUGUUCAUUUUACAAUAGUUAAAAAUAAGGACAACCAAGCUGGAUGUUUUUUUUUAGUAGAAGUUUUGCUCUUUAACAUAACUAAUAUAUUUCACAGCUGGGAAAAAUUCAGCAGUUUGAGCUUGGAAAGUUUGUUAAACAGCGAUAUGAUGGAUUUAUCAACACAUCUUACUACAAUCAUGAUGAGGUAAACAUUCACUCUUGAGAAUUGUUGAAAAUUUGUAUACUUUAUUACACAUUUAACUUAUUUUUCUAAACAAUACACAGAUUUUUAAAACAGAUCUUAAUUUAAAGGGAAAAAUAUCUAUUUUCUUUUCUCUGUAAAUGUAAAUAUCUUCAGAACACUCAAUGUAACAUUGAGUGGACAUUACCAAAAAAUAAACCCCAAAUUAAAUUUGUCUUCAGAUUGUAGUUCAAUCAUCAGGUGUGAACAGGUGUCUGAUGUCCGCUUACUGUCACCUGGCUGGUUUAUUUACACCUCAAGGUAGUCAGAUCUGGAAACCUGAUCUUCUGUGGCAACCUAUUCCAGUACAGACCACACCAGUUGACACAGAUAAUGUAAUAAUAUAUUGUUGAGUUGGAGCCUAACUUUGUUAUGAACGCGAGAAUGGCACCCAGUCUUGGCUAAACUAAGCAUGAGUGGUUCCCCUUUUGUUGUGUUAUAACUGUUAUUUUAUUUUAAAAAUUGACAAAAUUCUAAAUUGAAUUAAUUUAAUUGAUCUUAACAGAAAUUAGCUAUAAGUGCUCCAUGCCCAAGGUAUGAUCAGUUACUAGAAGAAGUGAUGUUUUUGCCUGAAAUUCAAAAGGAAGAAGAAGAAAAUAAGGUAAAGCUAUUGCACUAUUUAUAAUGGUCUUUAACUGAACUUGUCAUUGCAUCUCUCUCUCUCCCUAAAUUCACAUAGCAACUUUGUUUUCAUAAAUAUUUCAGAUGAAAAGUAAGCAAUAAAUAAUGUAAGUGAUGAUUUAAUAAAAUAUUGCAACUGAUUUUUAUUACAAGCAUUUUUAUUUGAUUAAACUUUUUUUAUCAUGGAGUUGGAGGGUUGGGGGGAAUCACCCUCCUAAUUGGAGAAAACUUGGGUCCCUGGGUCCCACAAAUCCUUUGCAUUGCCUUAAUUCCAACAUUUACAAUAAUUUUUAGUGACACCCUUUCCAACACUCCAUUGAAGAUUUAUAAUUAUAAAACUUUCAGGCUUUCUAUAAGAUGGUUGAAAACAGCACUGGGAUAAAAGAAGAGAAUAUCAAGGAAAUAUGGUCUGUUGCUGAUACCCUAUUCUGUGAGGUAAUGUUCACCCAGGGAAUGUCUUGUAAAGUGCUGAUAGAAAUUUAAGUUGUUCCCAUUUUUAUAAAAAAAUAAAUGACAGCAAGUUUGGCAUUAUCAUUUGUUUAAACGUGAGUUUUUCCUUACACAUAUUAAACUAAUGAAUUUUUUUUGGAGCGCAAUGUUUGUUCAUAAGGCCAGAGAGGCUACAUUUAAAUUUAAACUUAAGAUGUACACAGUAUCAAGUAACUCAUUUAAGAAACACUUAAAAAUGUUUUGUGUUUGGACAAUUUUGUUACACAACUAUCACCCCAAGAAAACAAAAAUAAUUAUUAUUAACAUUUCUAAGCUUGAAACUUUUUAACAUAAAGAAACUUUAACAACACAAUUCCAUCAGUUUUCGGUUUUACAAGAUUUUGAGAGUAACAAGUGUUUUAAAACAAGUAAAAUUCUUUUAAUCAUUUUAAAGAAACAUCUAAAUUAAUAUCCCGAUGGUGUGUAUAAUUAUUUUAGUGGACUCACAAUAUGACAUGGAAUGAAUGGGCCACACAGCCAGGAGUGUGGGAAAAAUUGAAUUCAUUGAACAGUCUUAGUUCUGCUGUAUAUACUUAUACCAGUGAAAUGGCAAGACUGACAGGAGGUGACAGCUUCUUUUUUUUUUCUUUUUUUUUUGUAACUGAAAUAAGUAGAUUAAAAGCCACAAUCUAUAAGUUUAAAAUCUUUAUUUCUUUUGUUUUAGUCGUAUUAUAAUCAUGUCAUAUUCAAACGUUUAAGUAUUGUAAACAUAUAAUUUAUUUACUGAGAAAGGGUUUAUGAUUUAAAAGUUUCACUCAAAGGUUGUGGUUUGGACUUGUCAAAGCAGAUGGCACAGACCUCUUUAUUUCAUCUCCAUUCACGUAAUCUCCAUUUUCUAUCAGGUCCAUUACUGAAGGAAAUCAUCUCCAACAUGGAUUCAGCUACCAAACAAGAUGUGCCUCAUCCCAAAUUCUAUAUGUAUUCAGCUGUAAGUGGUUGAACUAUCAAAUAAUUAAUCACUAUACGUUUCCAUUCUUCAAAUGCAGAAACAUACCUUUUAUAAAUCUUUUUAAGAUAAGUAUCUUUUAUUGAUCCAACUAAAUGGAAAUGUGUUUUGAUUAGAUUGUACAAAUUCAUUUUCAGUAUAAAGAUAAACAUCCCGAAUAAGAUAACAAUUUUGAAAAUAGAACUUUUAAAUGUAAGACAAUUUAUUGUAUUUAUUUUAACUGUUUGGACAAUUUUCCUUGUUACCUUUUACAUGCAUGUGCUCACCCUCUUAUUCCUUGCCUUUUUCACACCAUGACAUUUUUAAAAUAGUUUAAAAUGAGUAUUUAUUGCCUUGCAAGCAUGUUAAAUAUAAAGUCAUCAUAAUAAGUCAGAAUAUGACUUCUUAAUAUUUGUAAAUGAAGCAUGUUUACUGCUAAGAAUGACACUUAAAUUAUCCACACAUUACUGUCUCGUAGAACAAACAUUUUCAUCUGGAACCCAGGACUUAGCAUAUAGAUUUCUAAAUAUAUAAUACAGUUAGGCCUAGGAUUUCUAAUGCCACAGAAAUUGAACAACUUAGAAUCAUAUCAAACUUUCUAGCAAAUGUUCACUCAAAAUCCAAAUAAUGCUUUGGAAACCCAUAUACUUUGUCAUUGAGAUCACUGACGUAAGCUGUGGUGAAAGCAUUUCAUUUGAUUUUUGCUGUGAAUUCUAUGCUUUUUGUGUCCAUUUUGUGUCAUUAAAAAAAAAAAAAAAAAAAAAAAAAGGAAUCCCCCAUGGGUCAUAAAAGGUGAAGUGAGGACAGUAAUAGUAAGAGGACAGCUGCUAGAGCUAAUAUUGAAGUUAAGAAAGAUCUAAUAGCUACGCAUGAAAUUUUUACAUGUGUGGCUGAUCCAUCUUCUAUGUUUGGAAUGCCUACAUUGACUGUUUGUACAAUUUUGAAAAAUAAAGAAGCUGUCGAAGCAGCUGAUGUGGCGAAAUGGGUUACGACACUGAUCUCUAAGAGAUUGGAAAGUAUGGAUGACAUGUAAAAAAAAAAUCCUCAUACUUUGGACUAAUGAAAAACAGCUGUUGAUGUGAUUUCUGGGACGAUAUAUUGUGAGCAGCCAAGGUCCUCCACCACGAUUUAGUGAAAGUCAUGUUUGAUACUAGUGUUUAAAACUGGAAUCCAAUAAGUUUGUAGCACCCAGGAAUGGAUUAAACCAGUUUCUAUUAUUUGAAAAGGAAAAAUUUUAUUGAGAUUCAGACUAUAUGGAACUUGAACAGGGUUCUUGAAUAGAUUAAGUUCAGAUUCUGAAGCCCCACAGUAACUUUUUUAUUCUUACAGGGCCAUUUCAAUGCUGUCACUGUAAUUAACUACCAAAAUAAUCAACAAAAAAUACACCCCCCUUACCCGUAUGGUUUUCUACAACACUCACUUCUUGCAACAUGCUUUAAAAAAUGUUUCUUUAAAAAAAUUAACUGGCACAUUGUUAAACUAUGAAUGUAUUUGAAAAUCAUCAAUGUAUCUGACUCAGUUAAAAAAAUUGCACUAUUAUACUAUAAUUUGCCAACAUUAUAGUGUGAUGGCCGCCUAUAAAUUAAUUAAAAUUAAAAACAAAAAUAAUGUUUGGCAAGUCUUGGAAAUGUGACCAGAACACAGUUUCUGUGACAUGAAGAUCGAGCAUUACCAACAUUAAUUAAACAAACCAAAUUUAUUUCUCAUCAGUAUUUAGUCAGGAUGAGCUUCCAAACUGAUUUUUCAACCUUUUUUAGAUGUAAAACUAUCAGACUUUAAAAGCUGAGUAAGACAACAGUAGGCCUACACUACUAUAUACUAAAUUUUCAGCAUGAUACAACUGUAGCAUCACUUCUUGCUGCCAUGAAGUUAUUUGACAGACAUGUCCCUAUGUACAGAGCUUUAGUAAUGGUUGAACUACAUAAACUCCAAGACAAUUACGUGGUCAAGAUAUUUUAUAGAAAUGACACAACAAGAGAACCAUAUGAAUUGACCCCACCCGGUGUGUAGAGCCUUACUUAAUUUCUGUUUAAUAAAAAAGUAAGUUUAAAAAAAAAAAAGUCAUUGAAUCAUAAAAUAUUCAUAUGUUUGCAUGUACUGCAUUUUAGAACUAGCAUGUAAAUGUAGGCCUAUAUUGGCAAAUGUGUUGUGAAUUAAACAGAUCCUUAAUUUUAUUUUACUUGAACUACCCAAAGGUUGCCAAAAUCCUUGUAAGCUGGAAGAUUUUAUCAUCUUGAUGAAACCAACAGUGCCAGUAGAUUGGGAUGCUGAAUGUAAACCACAUAAGUCACUAGCCACAAAACUGUCUCACCCGCCUGGUAAGUUUGUUGCAAUUAUUUAGUUUAUUUAAAGUUUACUCUAGACUAGUAUUUCCCAAUCUUUCCUACCCACUACAAAUUGUUUUACCAAUUUUAAAAUUAUAGACUUAUAAUUUAAUUAUUUAAUGCAAUGAGAACUUAAGAACUUAGAAAAUAAAAUUGUUACAUAAUGGAAAAUGUUAAUAAAGAAAUUUCUAAAAAUGCACAAACAUUUAUUAUCAUGACAUAAAAAUCUAAUGUGACCUCUGUUCUCAAAAUCCAUUUUUCUAACACCCCUUGAAUAGCCACCUCACACCCCUAGGGCUGUGAGCAUCCCAAGUUGGGAAACCCUGCUAACCCCAAUAAUUAUUGAUAUCAAACUCCUGCCCUCUUUUUUGUUGAUGUUUUUGAUUCCAAAUUACAUUUUUGGCUGUCAAAGACUUAUUUCACAUUUUAGUCUCCAAUGAUUUGUUACCAAGUUACAAUUGGGUCAAUGAAAUAAGAGGCGUAUCUGAUUGUUUGAUCCCCAGAAUUUAUCUAUAUUUUCCUAUUUGGAUGUGUCUGGAAACCCAUUAUUUCUGUUUUCAGGUACAGUUUGUUUCUUUUUUAUCAUUAACAAAAAUAUUAUUUACUCUCUAGAUUGAUUACAAUCCUUUUUCUUUAAAUUAAUUCACUUAUGAGAUUUGUCAAGAUUGUUGAAUUUUUAAUGACUUGAAAGAUACAUUGUCAUUUAGACAUCAUGUAACAAUGCCACCAGGCAGCUUUUUAGAUUUAUAAUUUAUAACAUGAUCUGAAUUAUGUAUUAAUUCAUUGAAUUUUCAGAAUCUUUUAAAAUGAUGAAGCCAUCAUGGACAUCAUGAUUAGCCUAAUGUUUUCAGCACCACGAUUUCUACUAAAGUUCCUUAUUGACUUCAUCAGUGACUGGCUCAAGUCUCAAUUACAUUUAAAUAGAAAUAAUUUUUUUUAGCUUUAAAAGGUGAAAUGAUUUUUCGACUGUAAAAGGUGAAAUACUUUUUUGAAUAUAAAAGGUGACAAUAUUGUGCUAGCUUAUGUCUUAUGUCUGAGGGAUAUAUAAAAUAAAAAGAAUAAGUCUCAUUUAAGUAUUGGAUAUGAUUCAGUAAUAUGGAUAACAUGAUAUUUCAACAAAUUCAUUUUUAAAUUGCUAUUUUUCAAAUAUGUUAUAUUUUUAAUAAAUUUUGAUUUUUUUUUAUUAGCAAGUUCGUUCUUAUACUCAUAUCCUUUGUUCAAUAGCUCUUCAUGAAAAAUUAUUUAAGUUGAUCAAUCAAAAGUUUCCUGGACUUAUGAACAUAAAUUAUUUCGAAAUUUACAAAAAAUUGGUGGACUUACUCUGUGUGUUUUUCUGUUCUGGUUUCCUUUUUGGAUCUGUACGUUACUGUGUUUAUUCAGUGUUUAACUUGAAGUGGGACACUUCAGAAUCUCGG